AUGGCUUUGUGGCGUGCGUUGCUACUGUCUGGUCUAGCGGUAAGCAUUUCUGUGGCCUUACCAGCAACACAGGAAGGAGUACCCGCCGUGUCUCCGCCCGCCAAUGAAGCACGAGGAUUCCAACAACAAAGUCGUAACUCCAUCCAAAACAGUGACGAUGUCAUGAACAGCAUCUACAGUGACUGUCUCAAGAAAGAUUCGGUUUCUUGCGUAAAAUACAAGCUGUUUUCCUUUGUAGAUAAGGUACUAGGAAGUAAAGAGAGCUUCACGUUGACAGAAGGUGUCACCGUGGUCAAGAAUGCUGGAUCUCCACCGGAAGUCUCGGGAGAUGGAGGCCCAAGAGCAAUUGCAGGAGGCAAUGAAGAAACCAAUAAAGAUUUUGAGAGUAUGAUUGUCAACAGAGUUGAGAGGUUCCUGAAGACGCACACCCUCAAGGUAGAUCUUAAAGGAAAUGAAGUGUUGAAGGCGGUGACUUCUGCAGGUAGAGCUCUUGAAGAUGCAGCCGACAGCCUCGGACUGACGGAAGAGGAAGAAGUGGAGGACGGCCGUGACGCCAGCGAAGAAAGAGGAAAGAAAAAGAAGGUCAAGAUGUUGCUGCCUCUUCUGUUAGCCCUGAAACUGAAGGCAGCUGCACUUAUUCCUCUGUUCCUGGGCGCCAUUGCACUGAUUGCCGGUAAAGCCCUGCUGAUCGGCAAAAUCGCAUUCAUAAUUUCCGCUAUUAUCGGCCUGAAGAAGCUCCUGUCACAACAGAAGAGUGUCACGUAUGAGAUAGUCAGCCACCCGCAUCACAGCAGCAGUCAUCAUGAGUCAUACUCGUCAGGCGGAGGUGGAUAUGGCGGAGACCUCGGUCUUUACGGCGGGAGUGGCAGCGGCGGUCACGGAGGGUGGGGAAGGAGCGGCGUGGAUGCCCAGCAAUUGGCUUACCGCGGCUACCAGCAGGCCUCUUAA